ACAAAGAGGAAGCUCAAGGCCUCGUUUGGCCAUCGCUGUGAAUUCGUUUCGGAAGUCAGUGUUGCGCGUUGCCAUUAAUUAGCCAGUCCGGAACGUUCAAUGAUCAGCUAGUUCGUAACGAGGUGCUGCAAGAGCAGCAGUGAUUCCCCUUCGUGGUUCCAUCGUGUUUGUUUUCCUUGCCGUGCCCGCGCUCACCAGCUGAGUUAACUCGACCUCGACCGACGACACACAUGUUUCGCAAGUAGCACGCCUAACCUAACGUGGAAAAUUGAUACGUCCUAGUGCGAAAAAAAGCAAAAGGCCCGGCCUACAAAAUUUACAAAUCUCACGAUGAGGAAACAUCUGUAACUGCGGUUAAGCCACAUACUCGUAUCAAUCUCUUGUUUGGUCGGCUCCUCCGUUCCCAACACCUCUUUUCCUACCUAAUUUUCGCUAAGGACUAGUAUAGGUAUUAGCGCGUUACACUUCUCCAAACAAUUAUCAGCAUUUGUAAUAUUGGAUUUUGUACGAGCGAAAACAGCACAACAAGCGCUUUCCUUUACAAGAAACCUUGCGUAAAUUGACAGCGGAAUCAACUAACCAAUCAAGACGCAAAGAUGUCAUCCAGCUGUUGCGGUACGAAGAAGCAAAAACUGAACGGAACUUACCCUGCAAGUAACGGGUACUGUUCCACCGGUCGUACCGUCAACGGCGAAGGUGACGGUGCUAAUCAGGGCUUUUACAGUCGCGGAAACGAUCAACUGCAGCAGCAGCAGCAGCAGGUAGCUUGCAACGGUCACAGCGAUGGCGGGAGCAGUAGCUACCUGAUGAAUGGUAGGGGUGGUCAGGUAGAUCAUCAGCAAAAUCAUCAUCAUCAGCAGCAGCAGCAACAGCGAUCCGUCAUAGGUUCGAUGCCGGACAUGUGUUUCUACUGCUUCGAAGUAUUGUACCGCGAGCUACAUAACAUGGAGGAGCCACGCUCGCCAAACUUCGCCAAUGAUCCUUAUCCACUGUUUGUAACAUGGAAAAUUGGAAAAGACAAACGUCUACGUGGAUGCAUCGGGACCUUCAGUGCGAUGCGUUUACACUCAGGACUUCGAGAGUAUGCAAUAACAAGUGCUUUAAGAGACUCCCGCUUCUCGCCAAUCACUCGUGAUGAAAUCCAAAGACUGACCGUUUCGGUGUCGAUUCUGCAGGGCUUCGAGGAUGCUCGCGGGUACCUAGACUGGACACUCGGCGUUCAUGGCAUCCGUAUCGAGUUCUACACCGAGCGUGGCUCUAAACGUACUGCAACCUAUUUGCCUCAGGUUGCUACGGAACAAGGCUGGGACCAAACUCAAACGAUCGAUUCACUGCUGCGAAAAGGAGGCUAUCGGGGGACGAUUACGCCGGAUACGCGCCGUUCGAUCAAGCUAACCCGUUACACUUCCCAGGAAUGUCACAUGACGUACGGCGAGUACCGUGACAUGGUAGACAAGCAAUCAAGCUACCACAAUCAGCUGGGCAAGGCGCAAUGCUAACGACGUACGUUGCGCUGCUGUGGUCGCUAAGCUCUGGUGUGUUUCUCUUUUUUUCCUUUUUAGUGGGGAACUUUACCUCCAUUCAAGUGUGGGGCAAGUUUGAUCCCAGUCCCAUUCGUCGUAGGUUUAAUACGGUGGCCAAAAGCAACGGAAACCUGAUUAAAGGGGGCUUCGGUAUUUAAUUUUUUGAAAAGUAUAGAUUUUUGAAUAUCCGCGUUUCAUACAAGGCUCGAUGCAGCUCGCUAUUUUGAAGAGCGGUUCCCCAAAAACCAACGUUUUCAAAGUCGGUGCCGAUCGUACCGUAAAUUUUUAACACAUAAUCUGUACACUAUUUGCCAGGUAGCACCGUCAAGUUUUCAUAAAAGUGGUUGAUACUUUUUUAUUAAAUAUGUAAAACUUGGGUUUUUGGCAAAAUCUUAAGAAGCAUUACUUUUUCAACUUAAAAAAUCUUCCAAAAAUCGAAAAAUUUGAAAUUCAAUCUUCAAAAAUGAUCCUUUUUUGGCCAAAAAUGACCGAAAUCCCCCCUUUAACUAGCCAUGCGAAACAAUAAGGUUAACUACAAAGCAUUCAGCAUGUUCGGAAGAGAACUGGCAACUUGAGAAAAGAACUGGGCCUGUUUUACAAAUAAAAAAUUACAUCUUUUUCUUGCA